AUGAAUAGGCGGGAAGCUCUAGUGAAGCUAUUUGACGAAUGUAGCAGUAGGAAACCAUUAGCACAGUUACACUCUCAAACCCUCAAAUCUGGGUUUUCUAAGGACACCUUUUUCGCCACAAAGCUGAUUGCUUUGUAUUCGAAACAUGAGUCAGUUGGGCAGGCACGAAAGGUGUUCGACGAAACGGCUGAGAGGAGCGUCCGUAUGUAUAACGCUGCACUGAGAAGCUAUUGCAGGGAGAAGCAAUGGGAAGAGACAAUGUUUAUGUUUAGGAAGAUGUUAUCGGAGCGGAAGCCGGAUAAUUUCACUGUGUCUAUUGCUCUGAAGGCGUGUGCCGGGUUGCAGGCAAUUGGUGUUGGGAGAGUGGUGCACGGUUUUGUGAUGAGGAAUGAGGAGAUUGCGUCGGAUGUGUUUGUGGGUUCGGCGUUGAAUGGGAAUGCUGUAGAAGCGUUGGAGUUUCUGUCCCGAAUGGUGAAGUUUGCACGGGUCAAGCCUGAGCGAGUGACGCUUGUUAGUGCUGUUUCUGCUUGUGCUCAGCUCUCGAGUUUUAGACUUGGAAGUUGUGUUCAUGGUGUUGCGGUUAGGAAUGGGUUUGAUUCUGAUUUGUGUUUGCUGAAUUCAUUGCUGAAUCUUUAUGCAAAGACAGGCUCUAUUAGAACUGCUACUAUGUUGUUUUGGAAGAUGCCUGAAAAAGAUGUUAUUUCUUGGAGCUCCAUGAUUGCUUGCUACACUCAUAAUGGGGAUGUACUCGAAGCGUUGAAUCUUUUCGAGGAAAUGAUUGAUAGGGGAGUUGAACCUAAUUCAGUAACUGUAACCAAUUCAUUACAAGCAUGUGCUGGGGCCUGUAACUUGGACAAUGGUAAGAAGAUCCACAAACUUGCUACUAGGAAAGGUUUUGAGUUAGAAGUCGCAGUAGCUACAACCCUGAUUGACAUGUACAUGAAGUGUUCUGCACCUCAAGAAGCAGUUGAUCUCUUCAAAAGAAUGCCGAAGAAAGAUGUGGUUUCUUGGAUUGCUAUGUUGAGUGGGGAGGACUUUGAAAAGACGGGGAUAAGCAAUAUGGUCACAGUAGGAAAUAAGAAAUUAGAGAUAUUCAGGAUGAAGGAUUUCCAGAUGAGUUGUCUGGGAGAGCGGAUUCUGUCUUCCUGGACCUUCCCCAACCCUGGCUAG